UUCUCAACCGCCUUCCUCGGCCGCAUUAUGUGGCGCUUCGGCGACCAUAAUCCCGCCAACUACACGCAUCCCGAGCUUGUCGCUACCUGGUAUUGUGCCGUGCCGUUUCUAGACCCUGGGGUGAGGGAGCUCUGGAUUGACAUCACGCCUGCGCCAGUGGACAAACGUGGACGUCCCCAGGCCCUGCUCGAUGUUUUUGUCAGUGAGGAGUUUUCAGCGAUGAGGUUCUUGAAUGGGCAUGUGAAGGAUGUCACUUUGCUGAUUACGCGGAUUGACCGGCACUAUGAGGGCCGUGUGCGGGUCAGAUUAACGGGACGACUCAGUACGAAGAGUUUGGUUUUCGUAAAAGCUGUUAGAUCACAGCUCGGCAGAGAAUUGGAGUAUGAGGGUACUUGGAUAUCGGCUGACGAUGCGAGACGGGCAAGACUAGGUGCUGUGGUGGCGCAGGAGACGUUGUGUACGUUGACAAGAGCAGGAGGACGGUGUGCAGCACAUACUUUGGCGUGGCUGAGCGGUGUGAGUUGGAGUAUGAAGACGGGGAUCAUAUACGUGAAGCUUGCGGAGAAAGGGCUAGGGUAUGCGGUUAUGCAAGAGUUAAAGAAGAUGGGGCAGCUUCGAGCUCACAUAGGAGGCACUAAAGAAGGUGUCUUGGUGUUGCCCCCAGCACACAGGUUGAGGAGGGCGUUCCAGCACCAAGUUGCUGCAGACCUAGGACUACAAACAGCCGAAGCCGAUGGAAAAGAUAGCAGAUAUGUCAUCGCAAGGUGCUAGGAGUAGAAUAGUCAUGUAAGUUUGAGUAACGCGGUCUAUACAGA